ACGACUAGCAUCCUAAUAAAUCGUCGAAACGGUGUGCCUAAAAUAGGCGCCCUGCUCUCGUUUGUUGUUGUUUUGAAAAGAAAUCGUUCAUUAGAUCCGGUUUGCGGAACUCCAGCCUCCUGUAACAGGUUUACAUUCGCUUUCUCUACAUCACUUCCGCCUACUUCUCGCUUUAUUAGCUAGACUGUCACAUAGCUUACAGAAAUAUACAAAUUAUUCCAGACAUCUCGGCCGUUGACAGAUCGAAUUAAUGGAGCCGUUGAACUUUCUAACGACUGAAGAGUUGCUGUUUUUUCUCCACCGGAAGAAGACGGAGAUUUCGUGCAUCGAGCAACCGCACAGAUUCCUCUCUCAGCUGCGAGACCACGACCUGGUGCCGGAGGAACUUUUUGAGAAUGUGAAAAAGAUGCGUUCUCGUGAGCAGAAGGAGAAGGGCGUCUAUGAGGUUCUGGACUGGGUGGAGAAAAAUAAACCACAGUACAUACAUCAGUUCUGGCGCUGUGUGUUUGAAGACCAUAUCCUGCAGCUCUACCCGACGCUACGCACGCUCAGAAAAAGUCUGCUGGACGGCACUUUCAAAUUUGAUGAGAAACAACCGGAUGUUAAGACACCAGCAGAGGAGGAAGAGAGUGAAGGAAAGGCAGAGAAAGGGAAGGAGAAGAACUACAAAAGAAAGAGACUAUUAUCAGCUUUAUGCACUUUCAAAUUUGAUGAGAAACAACCGGAUGUUAAGACACCAGCAGAGGAGGAAGAGAGUGAAGGAAAGGCAGAGAAAGGGAAGGAGAAGAACUACAAAAGAAAGAGAAGUAAAGAUGAUAGAAGUAGUGAGGAUAGUGAUGAUCCUGAUCCUUCCUCUGCUUCCACACCCAGUCUGAAGAAACCAGGCAAAAAACCCUCAUUCUCAUCUCUUGUGAAGAAAGGAGAAAAGCAGAUUUGGAAGUGGCCUGUUUAUAAAACUCAUCUGCCUGUAACCUGUGGGGAUAAAGAAGGCACUCUCUAUCGGGACAAAAUGCCCAGAGGGGAAAAGUGUAUUUUGUCUCAGGGGCGCUGGUUCACCCCAAAUGAUUUUGAAAAGUUUGCGGGGAAGGAAAAGUCCAAAAACUGGAAACUCAGCAUCCGCUGCAGAAACACACCACUUAAGAAACUCAUAGAGGAGGAACAUCUUCAGUGUCCACCGAAGGAGAGAAGAAAGAGAACAUGUGUCCAAAAGAACAUGAAUGAGCUGUUUCCUGUCAGCUCAUCUGAGAGCUCCAGUGAAGAAAAUGAUGCUGAAGAUUUCCAGGAACAGGGAUGGAGAGGAGGAGGAACAGAGAUCAGAGGGAGAGUCGAGGAAGAAGAAGACAUGGCAGAUCUGUCUGUUUUCCAGGCUCCUUCUUUACCAGUCACCUGUGUUUCACUUACUGGGACUUUAUAUAAAUACAGGUUUGCGACAGGGAUACGUGGGAAGUGUAUACGUACUGAGGAAAGAUGGUUCACUCCGGAGGAAUUUGUAAAGCAGGAAACAACUAUCACUGAUGGACACUGGAAGAAAGAUAUACUGUGCCAUGGAAAAACGCUCAACUUUUUACUCAAGAAAGACAUCCUGCGCAUCCAUUCGCUUCAGUGUGAAUGUGUAAAAUGCAGUACUCAAGAGGAAGACGUGAUGGCACAGAACAAUGAUGACGAGUGUUACGUGUGUCGCUCUGAGGGACGUCUUGUGUGUUGUGACGAGUGUCCACGAGCUUUUCAUUCACACUGUCACCUACCAGCUGUACACGGAGACUCACCUGGGGAAUGGAUUUGUACCUUUUGCGUGUUAAGAACCAGUCAACAAUGGCGUGACUCCAGUAACAUGUCUGAACAAGAGGCUUUCGGUGCCCCAGUGUCUCAGUACAGAUUGCACUGCCACUACCUCCUGUUAUGUGUGUACAGAGAGGACAUCCAGAAGGUGUUUGUUGAGGAUCCACAGCAAACGGUGCCCAGAUACUCCGAGUUCAUAUCUCAGCCGAUGUGGCUGGACAGAAUAAAGCAGAAGUUGGAAAGUGGAGAGUAUCAGACGGUAGGAGCAUUCGUCUCAGACUUUCGGCUCAUUUUCAGCAACUGCAGCACGUUCAAUAGGGACAAUGUGUUUGGCCGAAUGGGUCCCUGGCUGAAGAAAAUGUUCGAGGAAGAGUUCCAGAAAAUCUUCAGUAUCCAAUAACAACUCUCUUUUACAAGUCUUUUAAAGAUACAAUUGAGCUCUGGAUACCCUUGAAUAUUCAUUAGAACUCAUUAUAAUGUAUAAGAUGUCCUUUCUAAUGCUGCGAGGGUCCAUGUACUUUUGCGUCCAUUCAUUUUAAAUUUUUGAACCCAGAAAUGAAAACAUAAAAUGCGGUUUCUUCUUUAAUGGUUCAAACACUGAUGAAAUCUUAAAAAAUUAUGGUUUCUAUUUUCAACGUGUUAUUAUUAUUAUUUUUUUUACCAUUGAUUAAUGUAGACAAUCAUACAUCUUCUGUUUAUUUCUUGAAAGCAAUGGCCAAGCGUUUCAGUUAGAAUCCACUCAUCGCUCAUAAGACCACAGUUUUGUUCAGUGCUGCACUCUCGAGAAUCUCUCAUUAUAACAAAGUGUAA